UUCAUUCAUGAUAAGAUAAGACGGUUGGUGUUUAGUUUCUCAUAACCUCAAAUCACGUCACUGCUCGUCUCAAUUAUUAUUUUCAAUUAUUCGUUUUUUAUACAUUCUAUUUAAUAAUGUUACUCAAAAGUCGGUAUAUAUUCAAGCAUUUUCGACCGUUUGUAAAAUUUUAUCAUGAAGAAGCGUCUAUUAUUGGUAAAGUAGCAGACACCAGCUCAUCAGUUUAUCAGAAAAAUUAUGCACAAAUGAAAGAGCUUGUGGAUCAAUUGAAAAAUACUGUGGAAAAAAUAGUUGAAGGUGGUAAACAAAAAGCUAAGGAUUUACAUGUAAGCAGAGGAAAGCUUUUAGUUCGAGACCGAUUAAACACUCUUUUGGAUAAGAAUUCACCUUUCUUAGAAUUGUCACAAUUGGCAGGCUAUGAAAUAUAUAAUGAAGAAGUACCAUGUGGUGGAGUGAUUACUGGCAUUGGUAGAGUAGAAGGGACUGAAUGUAUAAUAAUUGUAAAUGAUCCCAUUAUAAAGGGUGGUAGUUUUUACCCUAUCACAGUCAAGAAGUACUUAAGAGCUCAAGAAAUUGCAGAAGAAAAUAGAUUACCCUGUAUAUAUUUAAUAGAAAGUGGAGGUGCAAAUUUGCCUUUGCAGGCUGAUUUAUUUCCUGAUAAAAUGCACUUUGGCAGAAGUUUUUAUAAUCAAGCAAAGAUGAGUGCUAAAGGAAUAGCCCAGAUUGCAGUAGUUAUGGGAAGUUGCACAGCAGGUGGUGCCUAUGUUCCUGCUAUGGCAGAUGAAAAUAUUAUUAUUGGUAAUCAAGGUAAAAUAUUUCUGGCUGGUCCACCACUAGUAAAAGCUUCUACCGGUGAAGAAGUUUCAGAUGAGGAUUUGGGAGGAGCUGCGAUUCAUUGUCGACAAUCUGGCGUUACUGAUCAUUAUGCAAUAGACGACACACAUGCUUUGCAUUUAGCACGUCGAAUUAUAAAAGAUUUAAAUCGUCAACUGCCUAUGGAUGUGAAUAUCAAUAAAAAUAUUGAACCGCCCGUACAUGCUGUGGAUGAAAUUUAUGGCAUUGUUGGAACAAAUUUGAAACGCCCGUAUGAUGUAAAAGAAGUUAUCGCGAGGAUCGUAGAUGGCUCAAAAUUCCAUGAAUUUAAAGCUCUGUAUGGCGAAACCUUAGUCACCGGAUUUGCUCAAAUUUACGGUUAUCCUGUGGGCAUAGUCGCAAACAAUGGCGUAUUAUUUUCCGAAAGUGCUUUGAAAGGAACUCAUUUUAUACAACUUUGCGCUAAAAGAAAAAUCCCUCUUAUCUUUUUGCAAAAUAUCACAGGAUUCAUGGUGGGUAAAGAUGCAGAAGCAGGAGGUAUAGCCAAAAAUGGUGCAAAAAUGGUGAUGGCAGUAUCAUGUGCACAAGUACCGAAGAUUACAGUAAUAAUUGGAGGUUCCUACGGAGCUGGAAACUAUGGAAUGUGUGGACGAGCUUAUUCCCCACGCUUUCUUUAUUCCUGGCCAAAUUCUAGAAUAUCUGUAAUGGGAGGGGAACAAGCAGCUAGCGUAUUGGCGCAAAUCAAGAAAGAUCAACAUUUAAGAGAAGGCAAACAGUGGACUCAAGAGGAGGAGAAUAAUCUCAAGAACCCUAUUAUACAACAAUUUGAAAGGGAAGGCAAUCCAUAUUAUUCUAGUGCCAGAUUGUGGGAUGACGGUGUGAUUGAUCCGGUUGACACACGAGUUGUACUUGGUCUAAGCUUGUCUGCGACUUUAAACGCACCUAUACCUGACACUAAGUUCGGAAUUUUCCGAAUGUAACAUACGUACGAAAGUACAUACAAAAAUGUAUGAAAGUAUAUCUCGAAAGUACUGCGUUAUUGUUAAACUUUGUACGUUAUAUUAUGUUUCUAACAUUAAGUCGAAACUUGGGUUACACUUUAUAAAGUAUUUUUAUACGUAAUAUUUUAUAAGUAGUAUAUUUUGUACACUGUUGGCAUUCCAAAUAUAUAUAUAUAUAUAU